AUGAAACAUCCGAAGUUCCUACGUAACCAGAUUUCCAUGGAGAUCGCGCAAGCCGUGAACGCAAUGCCCGUGAUGGCAGCCCUCACCGUUCCAUUCUUCCUGGCUGAAGUCCGGGGAUACACAAAGCUGUACGAUUUCUCUAGCCAAGCGCCAUUUCCGCUUUAUACAUACCUCCAAUAUCCUAUCUUCAUUGCGUUCACCGACUUCGGAAUCUAUUGGAUUCAUCGCGGAGAGCAUCACCCCAAGGUCUACAAGCAUCUACACAAGCCCCAUCACAAGUGGAUCAUCUCGACUCCAUUUGCCAGCUACGCCUUUCAUCCCGUGGAUGGGUGGGCACAGAGCCUGUCAUACCAUGUCUUUCCUAUCCUAUUCCCUCUCCAGAAAGUCGCCUACCUGGGUCUGUUUGUCUUUGUGACGAUCUGGACUGUUAUGAUACAUGAUGGAGAGUAUGCUCUCGACUCACCUGUUAUAAAUGGCUCCGCCUGUCAUACUAUUCACCACUACUAUUUCAAUUACAACUACGGCCAAUUUCUGACCAUCUGGGACCGUAUCGGAGGAAGCUAUAGGAAGCCAAACCGAGAGCUUUUUGAUCGCGAAGUGCGGAUGACUCAGAAAGAAAUCAAGAAACAGGUCGAGGAGAUGGAGAAACUUGUUAAGGAGGUAGAGGGCGUUGAUGACCGGUGUUAUGAGACUCAAGCAGAGAGGAAAAAAACCCUGUAA